AUGACCAAGAGAGAAGAAGAGAUGAAAUCUACAGAGCUUCACUGGUCAGAGAUCUGCACCGAUGCAUUGCAACUGAUCUUCGAAAGCUUGAACUUUCUAGAUUUCCACCGAGCGAGAACAGUUUGUUCGACCUGGUACUCUGCACUGAAAUCACGCAUCGCAGCAUCUGGAAACAGGUAUCCAUGGCUGAUUACUUUCCCGGAAAAAUUCUCCAUCUCGGAAUCGUGUAGCCUCUUCGAUCCUGUAGAAGACAAGACCUACGAGACGAACGAUCUCGGCGACGAGCUAUCAGAGAGCCGUUGCGUCGCGAGCUACGGCAAUUGGCUGCUGUUGCUUAGCCCUCGUCUCGAUUUCUCCGUCGUGAACGUGUUCACCGCCGAAAGAUUCGACCUUCCGUCUCUCUCGCUAUCGCCCAAAAUCGGUGUAUCGAGAUUCCGAAGAAAGUACGAUGGAGAUCUAAUCCUCGAACACUCUCGCAGGAAUCGUGAAGCUAUCAUCAACAGGUAUAUCAAUACGGCUGUUUUGUGGGUUGAUGGAAAAACCAAAGCUUUUUCGGUUUUUUGGAUUUACAACGAUCUCUACUUGUUCUCUUACAAGAAAGGAGAUGACUUUUGGUGGCAUCUUCAAGGUAUCAAGUGUUUAGCUAUGGCUUACAAGGACCAAAAGCUUUUUGUUUAUAAUGAUCAUUACAUCAUGGUUCUUGAUUACUCUGGUGAUUUACCUAAUGAGAUCGUUGAAGCAAACCCGUAUCUGAAUCAUCCGUUUGAGUAUGUUCCGCAACUUUGGGAAUACAUUUGGAAGAGGAGAUUAGCGAUCACGGUUUCAGGAGAUGUUCUAAUCAUUGUGAGCUUAAAAGGAUUCCCUGAGAACCAAGAGAAACGUUUGUUCUACAUCUUUAAGAUGAAUCUUCAAGGCCACGAGUGGGAACGAGUAGAUUCUCUGGGCGAUGAGAUGUUGGUUUUUGGUGAUGGGUUGACAAUAGUAGCUAAAGAUGAUAUUGGUGGUGGAGGAAUCAGCAAGAGGGAUUCAAUCUGUUUCGUUGCUGAUGAUGUUUGGCCUCCAAAGUUAUGUACAGAGUUUCAAAGUUGUGCCGGUGUUUUUGAUCUUGCCACAACCGAAAUAAGCUGGUCUCUAUCUCCUUUUGGCUGCUCCAACACUCGCUGGUUUGUUCCAGGAUCUGAUAAACAAUGA